AUGCAGCGUCAAUGCCGUCUCCCCGAAGACCACGCCAAAUUCUACGCCGCAGAAAUUUGUAUCGCCAUGAACUUCCUUCACGAACGUCAGAUUGUCUAUCGUGAUCUCAAGUUGGAUAAUGUGCUAAUGGAUCUAGAGGGCCACAUCAAACUCACAGACUACGGCAUGUGCAAAGAGGGCAUCUCCGAUACCAACCUCACGUCGACAUUCUGUGGCACUCCCAAUUACAUUGCUCCAGAAAUUCUGAGAGGCGAAAGCUACAGUUUCAGCGUGGAUUGGUGGGCACUGGGUGUUUUAAUGUUCGAGAUGGUCUCCGGACGUUCGCCGUGGGAAGGCAUCGGUUCAUCCAACAAUCCCGACCAAAACACAGAAGACUACCUCUUCCAAGUUAUCCUCACAAAGCCUAUUCGAUAUCCUCGGUCCAUUUCCGUGAAAGCCAGUAACAUUCUUCAGCGGUUCCUGAAUAAGGUAAAAAUCGAAACUUAA